AUGGACGCCAAGCCCGGCUUCCCCAGCCAGACUCGUCCUGCUGCAUCGCAACCCACCACGCACGCAUACGAGCAGGUGUUUCCCGUCUUUGCAGAGCAGGAGAAGCAGGAGUCAGACGCGACAGCCACAGCGACAGCACGACGUCCCUCGACCACUGCACCCCGCCGCAAUGUGCACCUCCAACCCACAACAGUAUCGGCACAGGUGCGCCCGCCGCGCAAGGCCAACGGCCGAUCGCCAUUGUUCUGGGUGAACGCUGACGUGCAGUCCGUCAAGGGAGGAUCGAGGGAGGAGACGCUGAAACGGAUUCGAUCGCACGUCAUGUCCGAGCACAACCGGAAGAAGCGGCUGGAGAAUACUCGACGGUAUAACAAGAACAAGACAUGGAAGAACCUCGCUUUUCGGCCGGAUCCUGCGGCCACCAGCAAGUCGAGCCAGUCGCCGCCGACUUUUUUCACAUCAGGCUCGUCGACCUCAUCCUCGUCGUCGCCGGAGCAUGCGAGUUCAAAGGACUCUGCGUCGCCGGAGAGCGGGGACGACUUGCCUACAGGCGCGGUGCAAAAGAUGCAGCAGGAUAGUAAUACUUUUAUCGCGGAUACGGAUACAUUCAUUGUAAAUACGGCUCCUGAGAUGGUUGAGAGUGUGCAGGUAGACCCGUUGCAGCAGGGUGAGAUUCUGCUUGCGCAUCCUUGGUCGUAUAUAGGCGUUGGGGGAAGCGACCCGUUCAAUGCCGUUCAAGUGUCGGUUUCGAAUUCGCAUUUCCAGCAUCUUCAUACCUUCUUGUACAUUCUCGUCGGACAAGCAGCGCCGUUUCAGAACCACGGUAUCCCAUCGUUACAGAGUCACUGGACUGCAUUAAUCCAGUCCAGUCCAGUUCUGAUGCACUCGGCCAUCACUCUGGCAGCCACACACAAGGCGUUGUCCGUCGGCGUCUUCUUCGCAGAUCCGGCAACGCAGCGUGGGAGUUCGUUCAUCCUCGACAGGCUGUACCAUCGGGGCGAGACUAUCAAGCUGAUCAAUUCGGAUCUAUCGGACCCGUCGAGAGCGUCGAGCGAUGCUUUGAUAGCGGCGGUGGCUCUGAUGAUAGGGAUUGAGAUUGUCGGCGGCCAUCUCGACUGGAUCAUGAUCCAUCUGAAUGGUCUACGCAAGAUCGUUUCGCUGCGGCAGAAUUUCUCAGACAUCGCCAAACACGUACGAUGGCAAAUCGAGUGGACCGACAUCCGCGCCGCCUGCAAGAAAAUGUCCCAACCAAUCUUCCCCUUCAUCCGCUACACCAUGCCCGAACACACACCCGCAAUCCUCUUCCCUGAAAACGCUGGACCCCUCGCCUCCAAUCUCCGCGCUCUCGCCCUCGUCCCCGGCCUCUUCGGCAUCGAAAUGCGCCGCACGAUCGACGACCUAACCUCACUCACGAUCUUCUGCGAAAUCUACAAAACCCACAAGCCCCAACCCCUCUCCUCCGCACCCCCGCUGCUCUGCGAGCCGGACAUUGAGGAAUACUUCAACAACGAAGUCCUCUACAUCGAAUACACUCUCUGCAACGACCGCUUUACAUCCUUCCCUACCCACCCAACUCCUGUCCUGCGCGGCGACGACACCAUCGAAGGCGGCGUGCGCCUCGCCAUGCUCUUGUUCCACAACACCAUCACCUGGGCCUGGUACCCUGCAGUUGGCCCGAUCUUCUGCGCGCCCAUCUUCGCACUCGAAACGGGGGUCCGCAAUGGGCUCGCUGCGGGAAAUUACGAAUCGGCUCACCCCCUCCUCAUCUGGAUCGGGUUUAUCGGGUACUGCGCGGCGAAAUUGAUACCCCCAAGUCGCGCUUUUUUCCUCGAUGUGGUGAUUUCCGCUAUCAAGACGAGUAAUAUUACCAAUAACACACUCCAAAUCGCAGGGGGCAUGGGUGUAGAUACGGAUUAUACCCAAUCUGAACGAAUCGAUUCCUUCGACUCAUUGGAGGAUCUGCUGCAGCGGUAUUUCUACGUGCCGCGCUGUUAUCGCGACGAGGCGCGGGAGUUAUGGGCGAUUAUUCAAACGGACUUGAUUCAAGUUGGACUUGAGUAG